UAAAAAUGGCUACAGCAAUAAAGUAUCCCUAAAUAUUCUAAAAAUAGAUCCGUGUGAUCGAAAUGAAAAGUUGAAACAAUUUCCUUAAUAUUAAUUAAUCUACGACGUGUACAAAGUGAACUUUGAAUGCUGCAGGAUGAGUUCAAUGCCUUCAUUAUUUAAUGAUUGGCAAUCAAGGAUGCCAUACCCAAAGAGCAUCUGGUUCCUGUGCCAGAAUCAGAUAGGCUGUGAUGUUGUGUUUGAGGUUGGACCAGACUUGGAGAGGACUGGAGCUCAUUCAACUGUACUCAUGGGUAGAAGCUCUGUAUUCUUUGGAGAAUUUGCAGCUGGGGUACCAGACAAAGAAAUCCAGUUGCCUGAAUUUCAGCCUGAGGAAUUUUCAUGUUUCUUGGAGUAUUUAUAUACCGGUGAACUUAAGGUGACGGGGGUAAGUAAUAUGCAGAUACUUGCCCUGGCAGAGAAAUACAAAGUACAGGAAUUGAUAAAAUCAUUGGUAGCCAUUCAGCUAGACGACAUGACUGUGGAUGCUUUUUGUCCUUUUGUUAGACAGAAUGAGAAACAUAUGACAAAUUUGAUUAAAUUUAAAUGCCUGGAAUAUGCAUUUAAGAAUGCUGAAGCAGUUUUUCAGAGUGCUACAUUUCAGACAUUGCCCUUCACAUUCCUCGAAGAACUUUUAGCUCAUGAAAGGCUUGUAUUGAAUGAGGAAACUAUCUGUACAGCUGUACUAAAGUGGGCUUCAAAGGAGUGUGAGAUGAAAAGAUUGGAUGUUAAUGGACAAAACCAGAGAGCAAUUCUCGGUAAUGCCAUGUUCGAUAUAAGGUUUCCUCUACUCAGUCAAGAUUAUUUCACUGAAAAUAUAUCCGAGACUGGAUUGCUAACAGAUACAGAAGAGGUUCAUAUUUUGAAAUUUUUUCUCAAUCCAAAGAAAGCUGUUGGUAUUACCUUUAAAACAACGCCACGUGAAGCUCCAAGUAGUCCCUUUAAGUAUUCACCAACCACUGAAACACCUAUGGACGUUUCCGGUUUACUGGAUCCAGAUAUGCCUAUAGUACAUCCACUGACCUCCGCCAAGCUGGGAUAUGUCGAACGUUUUACUGAUUUCGGGCUUGGAUGGGGUUACCGUGGUGGCAAGAAAGAUGCUAUAAUACUUGUACCAAGCAAAGAUAUUCAAUUAGACUUUGUCUACAUUUAUGGUAACUGUAAACAAGAUGGCAAUAUGGAUGUUUUGCUUGAAAUUGUGGAUGACAAAGACUUUACUAUAUCCUCCACAGAGGCAAAGAUUGCUUGUACAACUACUAAACAAACAUAUGAACUGGGAGUCGAGAAUGAAAAUGGUUCUUAUGGUGUGAAGUUAAAUGCUAAUGUUGAAUAUCAUUUAGUUUUCACUAUAAAGGCAGAUAAUGGUUAUUAUGGAAAAGGUGGUAAAUCUAAAUGUUCUGCAGAAGGGGUUGAUUUCGAGUUUAAAACUAGUAGAUUUUCUUCAAAUAACACAAGUGUUUCUAUUGGUCAAUUAGCCGGGUUUAAAUUUGCAGUCUGUUGAACAUUAUUUCAUAUGCUGCUUUAAUAGGGACAUAACCCAUGGCCCAUGAUUUUAUUCUGUUGUAAUGAUAGAAGAUAUUUGUCUUGUUUUGAAGUUGUCAGAACUUUGUAGCUAACAGUAUAGACUCAGAUUAGACUACACUUAUGUAUAGGCUGGUCUGGCUUUAUACUGCUGGCAUUGAUGUGUAUGAUGUAUUCAGAAAGUUAGGCUGUAAAAGAUUUUGAUAGAAUAUUAUGGUGAUGAACUUAUUUUAUAUGACAAGAAACAGUAUAGACUGAUACAAUAGAAUUAAAUGAUUAAGCUUGACUUACGUGCAAGAUGAAGGUUAAUCAUUAUUUCAUAACAGAAGAGAAAACAAGCAUCUUGGAUUUGGAAUGCCUCGUUUUACUGGAGGUAAGAAAAAAGAAAGUCUGGAAGAGACACUGCACAAUUCAUAGUCUGAUGAACUUUACCAUUAGGUUUAAGCAACUUUCCCACACAUGGUGAUUUGAAUGCAUCUGAAAGUGUCAUCAAAAGAAUAAAUUACACCACAGUCUCGUGUAUGUAUCAUAGUACCUCAAAAAUAGACGCAUAAUGGAAAAUAAGGGCAUAUCGCUAAUACAUGUAAUAAUAUAAUUGCAUUUAAUUUCUUUAAGAUAAAUCUGCAUCCAAAAGUAAGUGCAAAUCUUUUUCUUGCAAGAAACUUGUUUCUGAAAAGAAGCACAUAAUGGGUAUUCUUUUCUAACUGACAGAUUUAAGAUGUUACACACAUGUCUGCAUGGAUCUUCUGUCAAAAUUUUCAUGUCAAGUGUUUUUAAGUAGAUAUAAGUUUUGAUAAAUGAAAAUUUCCAUGUCUAAUAAGGUUCUGUUGUUCUGUUAGAGCUUUAAAUUAUUCUAAGAAAAUGUUCAUACAUAUUUAUUCAUUUGUUUUGAUUUGAAAUUAUUUAUUUAAGAUUAUUGUUAGUUUUUACAGGUAUUAACUGUAUUGAAAACAAUGCUAAUUAUUCUAUGCAAAUGUGUAUAUAAUGUUCAUUUAUCAGCAUUAACCUGUCUGAAUUUCACUAAUUUAUGCGGAUAAAUACUAAUGACUCGGGGGUAUACAUACAUGUAUUAUACCUGGUUUAAUUUCUAGUUGAUAUUCUUCUGUUCACUGAAAAAAGGAGGGUACAAAGUCUCAUUCUAUUAGUGCUCAUGUUCUUCACUAAAUAUCCUAUAAACAUAUUUAUGGUUCUACAGUAUUUACAUUAAACUAGAUGAUUGAUAAAUACCUGCUUAUCAAAAUUUCAGCACUUUUACCUGUCAUAAUUUCAAACCCUCACAGUGUUUGAUCGUGUAACAUUAAUUGGCAGCUAGAAAGUGCUGCAGCCCUUAUCACAAUAAAUCUUACCACAAAUUUCGAUUUUAGGAGAAAUCUUAGUAUGUUAAAUUUCCUUUUUACAAAAUGCCCGAAAUAAUUUCGGGCAUAUUAUGUUAUACCCCCUGGAGUCUGUCCGUCCGUCCGUCUGUCUGUCCGUCCGUUAGCAAUUUGGUUUCCGGAGCAUAACUUAAGUUCCAUUUGGCCCACAGUAUUCAAACUUCAUAGGAUGAUUGUCCAUAUCGGGUAGAAGACCCCUAUUGAUUUUGGGGUCACAAGGUCAAAGGUCAAGGUCACUAUUACUUAGAAAUUGAAAACAGUUUCUUUAGCAUAACUUAAGUUCAAUUUGGCCCACAAUAUUCAAACUUCAUAGGAUGAUUGUCCAUAUUAGGUAGAAGACUCCUAUUGAUUUUGGGGUCACAAGGUCAAAGGUCAAGGUCACUAUGACCUUAAAACUGAAAACAGUUGUCGGAACAUGACUUAAGUUUCAUUUGGCCCACUGUGUUUAAACUUCAUAGUAUGAUUGUCCAUAUUGGGUAGAAGACCCCUAUUGAUUUUGGGGUCACAAGGUCAAAGGUCAAGGUCACUAUUACCUUAGAACUGAAAACAGUUUCCGGGGCAUAACUUAAGUUCCAUUUGGACCACAAUAUUGAAACUUCAAAGGAGGAUUGUUUUGUGAAGGAGGUAAUACUUUAUUUAAUUCCCAUGUCUUACAAAUGCUUUAUCUUUACUAAAAAAAAAACACUUUCAGGCAUAUAAUGCUCCGCCUAGCGGUGCUCUUGUUACAAAAUAUCUUAAGAAAAUCUGAAGUGCAAAAACUGGGAGGACAAAUAUAUAUGCAAACAUUAUGUUGAAAAUAUCACAAAUUUAAUUAGAAUUAUUUUCAACAUAAAUAUUGUGACGUCAUGUUUUGAUGUCGUCAUCAUUGAGAGUGCUAUAAAUACCUUGGCUUGUUUUGAGUAUACGCAAAGUUCAGUUCUUUGGUCAAAGGGUUGCUAUUAACAGGGAUUCAGGGGAAAUGUAACCGAUGAAAUAUCGUUUGAAUAUGAUAAUAUUAUGUUUAUCUAUAGUCAAGUAUUGAAUGUAAAAGAUAUUUCCAUGAAAUCUUAAGUGAACAGUGCUUUAAAUAAUUAAAAAGUUUUUCACCAUAGGAAAACAAAACAUAGCCAGAUAUCUCUAUUGUAAUCAAAAUGUAUAACAUUUUUUUCUUUUUCUUAUUUCAACAUACCUGAACAUGAGAUAUCAAGGAAAAAGGAAAAUAUCACUUUAAAAUGAUCUGUUUGACUAUAAAACUAACACAACAGAUUAAAAUGAUUUAGUGUAACAAUAACUGCAGCACACUUAAAAUUUAGUAUCACUCAAAAAUUUACGUCCUUUCAAAUAAUACUUUUAUACCUGCACAUUAUGUCAAUAUUAGAGAAUAAAAUUUUGUUUUUAACAAUUUUUCUUCAAUUUUACUCUUUCAAAUUUCAUAAAUUUGACAAGCAUAGAAAUGUUUUUGGUACAUGAGAUGGUGUAAAAAUGAUGACUGGUGGGUUCCACUCUGUUACACUUGAGCAAAGUCCAAGAAAACAAGAUGGCAUUAGUUGAUGAAAAAAUAGAUAAAUAGCUUAAGAUUUUGUAUGGAUGUAAAAAUAUUUACAAAAUGAACAGAAUAAUUAUGAUUUAUUUAAACAAAGAAAGGAAACAUAAAUAUAUAUGUAAAAAGUUCAAAAGCUAACAGAUGUUUCUUAUCUUAAGAUUUAUCAUAAAUGAAUGUUUUAAGAUGAAAUUUUAACUUUCUAGUAGCUAUGUGAAAAUGAUUUAAGAUUUGACUUAAUUAUCGUAAGUCAAUAACUGAAGAUAAAUUGUAAGAUGUUUUGUAAAAAUGUCUUCCGAAUAAAGUUUCCCAGCAGUUUAUUGUCCAAAUAUAUUCCUAUAUUAUACAUUUCAGUGUUAAAGAUUAGAAAAGUUUUUAUGUUCUAAAAAACCUUGUGUGGGUCAGUUGUGUUUUAAAACUUAUCAUUUUUCAUUGCCAUUAUAAUUAUAUACAUGUAUAUAAAAAUAUAUUGUGCAUUAAAAACAUUUUCAACCA